AUGUUUGCACUUGUGUUGACUGCUCUAGUUGCUCCAUCUGCUGAAGGAUCUGGUUUGGCAGGUAUUAAAGCUAUUUUGAAUGGUGUCAGAGGUUUAAAGGAUGUUCUAAGUAUGAAGACAAUGAUUGUGAAAUAUUUAUCAUUACCUGCAGUCCUUACAGCUGGUUUAUAUAUCGGUAAAAUGGGUCCUUCCAUUCACAUUGUCACUUGUGCUGCUAAGAAUUUACUGAAAUUUAGAUUAUUCGAGUCCAUAAGAAAAACCAAAACUCUGAAACAAGAAAUGAUUGUAUGUGGUAUUGCUGUCGGUUGUGCAGCUAACGAUGGUGCUGUCGUGGGAGGUGUAUUGUUUGGAGCAGAGUUAGUUGGUACCUAUUAUUCUUUGAGAAACUAUUUCAAGAGUUUUUAUGCAGCUUUUAUUGCCUGCAUGACUUCUCGUUUAUUGCACAGUGCUGUCAAUUUGAAUAUCAAACCAUUCUUGACAUGGAAUGUUAAGAUUGUUCCUCCAUCUUUCACUCUUCCAGAAUUAUUUUUCAUGCUUUUUGUUGCCAUUGUAAUGUCUUUUGUUGGUAUUGCAGUAGUCUUUGUCAAUGAACAAUUGCUUGUUUUGAGAGAUAAAUAUGGUAAAUUGCAUCUUGGACCUUUCAAGUUUGCCAAGUAUGCCACUAACAAAUUGGUAAUUUUAACAGAAAACAGAAUUAUUUUCACAAUUAUUAUUACUCUCGUUACUAGUUUCCUUUCAUUCCCUCAAAUGAUUGGUAAAUAUAUGAGUAUUGGUGGUGUGCCUAUUUUCGAAGAAUUAUUAAUGGCAAAACCUUUAACAACAGUGAAUGGCGCUAAGGGAGAAUGGAUUCAAGGAAAUAUUUCAGAAGUAUUUAUUACAAUUUCUAUAUUUAUUACUGUCAGAUACAUUUUGGCAAUUCUUACAACAGUUUUGCCUGUUUCUGGUGGUUCAUAUUUGCAAUUGUUGAUUAUUGGAGCUUCAUUUGGUAGACUUGUAGGUGAAGGUCUUGCCUUUAUUUUACCUGAUGGUUUUAGUCCAAACCAUCCGAUUGUUCCAGCCAGUUAUGGUCUUGUUGCUGCUGCUGCUUUGACUAGUUCACAAACGCAGGCCUUCAGUUCUGUAUUUAUUCUGCUAGAAUUAACAGGUCAUGGUGUUCACUUACCUGCAUUGGGAGCAUCCUAUAUUGGAGUUGUUAUUUCCAGAUGGUUGUCUUACAGUGCCUAUGACUUUGUUAUCAAGUUUAGAAAAUGGCCAGCUGUCCUUGAAUCAACAACUGACUCUGACGAUAUUAGAGUUAAAUACGUCAUGCAAUAUGUUGAUAGUUUGCCAAUUUUGGAAGAAAAGGCAAGCUUGAGAAAGAUUGGAGAAUUUUUGGAAAAGCCAGAUUUGGCCAAGACUAUUCCAAUUGUUAAUAAUAAGAGUGAUUUACUUCUUGUUGGUUGUGUCAAUACUAAGAAAUUACAAGAUUAUUACAAUACUAUGAAACCAACUCUUGAAGGCAAUCCUGACUAUGAUACAGAAAUUGAAAUUGAAAAGAAUACUUGUCCAAUUACCAUUUCUGAAGAUACACCUCUCGUUUUAGCUCACUUACUCUUCUCCAAAUUGAAUUUGGAUGACGUGUUCGUUGUUUGGAGAGGUCGUUUAAUUGGUCAAGUUCAAAAGUCUAGUAUUAUUGCUGAGCUUACUGAUAGAAAUGCUGGUUUUGGUGAUGCUUAA